GCACCCACAAGCUGGGUGGGGGCUGGGGGGAGAUGUUUGUUAUGGCUCAGGAGGUCAACUCUGAAGCGGGGCAUUCCCUGCAGGGCUGCCGGGACUGCGAAUCCAGCAGCAGCCACAGCGUAGCAGCGGGCGGCAGCCGCCCAGGCGGCAAUGUCAGGAGGGCACAGCUGGAGGCGGCGGCCGCAGAAGCCACUACCCCGCCCCCAGGUAAGGGCGCAGACCCCGCCCGCCCUAGCUGCGAGGGGCGGCCACCUGGGAGAAUCGCGGCGUCCGGGAGGCGGCAGACAGUCCUGAACCCGCCCGCUGCCCUCCUUCCCGCGGUCCUCCCGCAUCCCCGUCCCGGGCCGGGGCCCCAUCUGGACCCUCCCCAGGCUCAGCCCGACGCCAACACACCCAGGCAGCCUCGGCCCGUAGAUCCGGGCCGCCGGGCCGCCCUCGUGUCCCGAGGAGGCCGCCCUCGCCUCACCUCUUCACGUCUCCGCCGGCGCUGCCGAAACAACAACUCCUUCAGGCGCCCGCGUCCCACCCGCCACCUCGCGCUCUGAGACCGGGCCGGUGCCGUUCACUCCGCCGCCACUGGAGCCCGGGGAGGGCGGAGGGAACGGAGAGGGGAGGGGAGAAGGACCGCCUGGCAGGAA